AUGUCUUCAAAGCAGCUCUCUCGUCUACUCCUACGCCCAUCCAAAUCAGUCGUUGCAUGCGGAGCUCGUCCAUUGCAUAGCCCCGCAUGGACCCGACAUCAUUCUACGAAGCAUCCAAAGGGCUUUGUCCCGCCGACAGAUGAUGACUUGGUGCAGUUGCGGGAAAGUGUACAAGAUUUUGCGCGUCGAGAGAUACCCGAAGAGGUUGCUGCGCGAACGGAUCAACAGAAUGAAUUCCCAGCUGAGAUGUGGAAGAAACUUGGAGAAGCUGGCUUCCUCGGUGUAACGGCAGAUGAGGAAUAUGGCGGUCUAGCUAUGGGCUAUCAAGCGCAUUGCACAGUCCUCGAGGAAAUUAGCAGAGCUUCAGGAAGUAUCGGUCUAUCCUACGCCGCGCACUCACAAUUAUGUGUCAAUCAACUUUCAUUAAAUGCCAAUGCCGCACAAAAGGCAAAAUACCUCCCCGGUCUUAUUUCUGGUGAAAAAAUCGGCGCUCUAGCGAUGUCCGAACAUUCGGCCGGAUCAGAUGUUGUUAGCAUGAAGACUACUGCUAAAGCUGUGGAUGGGGGAUGGCUACUCAACGGGACGAAGAUGUGGAUCACAAACGGCCCUGAUGCAGAUUUCAUCGUCGUCUACGCCAAAACAGAACCCGAAAAAGCUUCCAAGGGUAUCUCCGCAUUCAUCGUUGAAAAGGAAUUCAAGGGCUUCUCUUGCGCGCGCAAACUCGACAAACUCGGCAUGCGUGGCUCGAAUACCGGCGAACUCGUCUUUGAGGACGUCUUCAUCCCCAAAGAGAACCUUCUCGGUGAACUCAAUCGCGGAGUUAAAGUACUCAUGGAGGGAUUGGAUCUGGAGCGUCUCGUUCUGAGCGCUGGUCCGCUUGGAAUUAUGCAAUCAGCCCUUGAUCUCGUGCUACCGUACACUCAUACCAGGAAGCAAUUCAACACCCCUAUUGCGCACAACCAAUUGAUUCAAGGCAAAUUAGCAGAUAUGUACACCAAACUCGCUGCUUCGCGGGCCUACACCUACGCAACUGCUAAAUCAAUCGAUGAGUCUAGUGUUACACCAUCCGGCACACUGAUUAGAACACAGGAUUGUGCGGGCGCGAUCUUGUAUGCGGCAGAACGCGCGACGGAAUGUACGCUAGAUGCUAUUCAGCUUAUGGGUGGGAAUGGGUAUAUUAAUGAGAUUGCGGCGGGGAGGKUAUUGAGAGAUGCAAAGCUGUAUGAGAUUGGGGCUGGGACAAGUGAGAUUAGGAGGAUGGUAAUUGGACGGGCUUUCAAUAAAGAGUAUGCUUAG